AAUAAAUAUCAUAAUUUAAUUAUUCUUUGCCGCAAAUGCGCACAACAUUUGUAUUGAUUUUUAAGUCUAAACUCUUUGCUUCUGCACGAGUGAAACGGUCUGAUGAGACAUAAGACAAAAAUAUGGCGAAUAUCUCAAGAAUUGGAAUAUUCUUCUGGUCAUAGAUAUAUAACAAGAUGUUUGCUAACCAGACAUUACUUAGACCGGAAAGUCUGGUGAACAUGACCGGUGAUGUCCAAGCCGUCAAAGACUGUGCUGAAGUACCCGCACAUCACAUACUGUUCCAAAUGGCAAAUAUCUGUUUCGUAUUGUCUUAUGCCAUACCUAAUGGCAAGUAUUGUAUUUUGGUUAUGCACUCAAUGCUGGCUUUCGGCUGUCUAUUGGUGUCCGUCUGGUCGUGGAGUUUCAUAUGUGGUUCGGGAGUGUUUGGAUGGUAUUUCACGUUCAUGUUAAUCAAUUUGAUCCAGAUAUUUUAUCUGCUCUACACUAUGCGUCAAAUCAAAUUCCCAAAAGAACUCGAAGACAUUUACCAAACAUUAUUCGAGCCAAUCAUGAUAUCUAGGGCUCUGUUCAAGAAGAUGGCAUCAAUUGGACAGAUCAUGAUAUUACACGCGGGAGAGGCAUAUGCUAUGGAAAACCUAACCCGAACCGAUCGGUUAGGGCUUCUCAUUAGUGGAAAAGUUAACGUGAUUUCUGGCAAUCAUUACCUUCAUUGCAUUGAAAGCAAACAAUUCUUAGAUUCACCUGAAUUUGAAAGCAGCAAAUCGGGUACUGAAGAGAAAUUCAAAGUAUCACUCAUUGCCGCCACUUCUUGUCGAUACAUCUUCUGGCAAAGACAAUCACUCGAGUAUUUACUCAUAAAACAACAGUUCUUGGCAAAUGUCUUGAGUCUCAUAUUAUCGCGCGAUAUAACCAACAAACUGUACGCCAUGAAUGAAAAGAUCGUAGCAGAUAAGGGAUCUCAACUGGACAUACGUUUGCCAAUCAUCAUCACGUCAUUGUGUAACUCAGCCUCAAGUGUCGGAUCACAUGAACAACGAACAGAAUCGCCCACUACUUCCAGACCAGCAUUUCAUGAAAGAGAUAGAAUCGCUUCUCCGGUUAUGAUAUUUAAAGGCUCCCGAAGCAAGAGUUUACAGACAAACAGCUUAGGCCUGGCUGUGGGCACUUCGCCCCGAAUGAUAACACGUGCGGCAGCUCUGAAACUGUCGCCUAAAAAGGAAUUCUUCGAUUUGAAACAUAUUAAAAUCAUCGAUCAAAACAUACCAAAGAGUUUAAUACUCGGCAACUCUUCGGACAUAAUCGUCGACAUCGGAGAGGAUGUGCUGCUCGAGUGCGACACAAGUAAUGAUACGAAAAGCUUUGAGUGGUAUCGGAAAGAAGAGCAUUGGUUUAACCAUGAAUUACCUGAACAGCGGAUCUUCUUCGACGAGCAGUACCUGUUGGUGAACGAGAAUAAAGUUUCCACAGUUCUCUACAAAUGCAUUACAAGAGAAUAUUCCGGAUUCUAUUUAAUCAAAUCAUACAAACUAUAUGUCGAUAGACUGCCUAAAAGGCAAAGAGGUUUGCAGUCUUUCAUCUCUUUAUAA